AUGACUUUUUCUCUUGACCCCCUCUCAUUUAUAUAUCUAGAUUUAGAGUUACUCUUGCGUGGUUUCUGCCGCCUCCUCAUCACUUACUCUAGCUGGCCUGAAUCAGGAUCAUCCAUUGUUUCUUCAAACGGUUUUGGGAGCAGCAUCAUCUCUUCCAAUGGAUCUCGUCGCCAAGGGCUUUCUGCCUCUGCUGGGCAUAGCAGUAUAGGUGAUGAUGAUGAAGAUGAUUUAAGAAGUGGUGCUUGGAUAGGCAGAGGAAGAGGGGGAAUGAGCCGCCCUGUGACUUCCGGCCCUUCUGCCGAGUUGCGUGAAACUGUGCUGCGAUGCCUGACAGGAGUGUCUGGCCAUCGCACCAGUCUCCGAUUCGGACUGGAAGCCAUCUCGGAAUCGAUGGCCCAUCGCCUAUUGCACCUUCUGUUAGACCAAUCGACGCAUCGAGAUUGGACUUACGUUACCAUGUCCCUGCUUAACUGGUGGAGAGUUAGUUUCUUAAUUUAUCCUCGCAGCAUUUUCUUUCCUCCUCUAACUAUAUCAUUAAUUCAUUUUCUUCAGUAUUUUAGCCUUAUGAACUUGUUAAAAUUUGGAAAGCUUUUCAGAGCAUUUAGCUACUAA